UCAAGUUUGGUGUGACACGUCGCGCCACCUGGUCCAAAAUAUUUCCAACACUGAGAAGGCUCUUUCGGCAGCUGUGCCUGAUCGUGUGGGUCGAGACUCGCUUCCUCGGCGUUAAUUUAAAAGUUGUCUGGUUUCCCUGGCUUUCGAUACGCCUUCAGUUGUCGCGUGCGAUCCCGGAUGCCUCCGCAGAAGACCAAGCGUCGAAGGGCAUCGAGCGUUCGGUAUUGUUGCGUGAAGGGCUGUCACAACCGAGAAGGCCUAGCUGGUGUCAAGCUCCACAGGUUCCCGUCGCGGCCCUGGGAACAAGCACGCCGCCAGCGAUGGAUAAAUGCCGUAAGGCGUGUAAACGAUGACGGUUCAAACUGGAGUCCGAACGAGAGCUCCAGGAUAUGCUCAACUCAUUUCCUGAACAACGAACUCAGCAAUAUCGAGAACCACCCUGGUUACUACCCAACGCUGUUCCCAGAAGUGUACCGGAAGAAGUCUGUGGAUCCUGAGGCUCAACUUGGAAGGUUCAGCAGGUGGCAGGAGCGAUCAGCAUGUUCAGGUGCCUCAGCUGCAGGAUCUUCAGGACUACCAUCUACAGGUGGUACCAGCCCAGUGCCUUCUGAGCAUGAUUCAGAUUCCAGUGGAAGCCCACAACGGGGGUUGGAGCUGCUGUGUGAAGCUGUAGAACUUCGAGAAAAGUGUUCAGUGUUAAAGCAGUACUAUGAAAUUGAUUACAUUUUGGUACCGUAUUUACUUGAGUCUAAGCCGGCAUUGAUUUUAUGCCCAUCCCAAAAGGUAGAAAAAUAA